GAAAAUUCCAUCUUCUGAAAUUAGAAAAGGGAAAACAAAUCAGCUGCAGAAAAAGUGGAGCGAAAGCUAGGGUUCCCAAAAUUACAUCGCAGCUGGAAAUCUCUGCCCUUCAUCGUCAACAAAUAGGGAAAAAAAAAGAAAAAUUCUAGCUAGCUAUCGUGUUAGGUAAUUUGUUUUUUUCUGUUUGUAUAGGUAGGAAUAGGAACACAAAUUCUAAAAAAAAAAGAAAAGAAUGGAUUACGGUGUACCGGAACAGAACAUCGCCAAUUACGGCGAAGAGGAACCACCGCAGUAUGAAGCGCGGCGGCAUUACGAAGCUGAAGAGGGGAACUACGGUUCAAUUGAUAACGUAGAUGAUAGUGCAGGAGUGAAGCACGAUUCUUCUUCUUCUUCUUCUUCUGCAGGAAAACUUUUCGUUGGCGGCAUUGCUUGGGAGACUUCCGAAGAGUCUUUCAGCAGAUACUUCAGGAAGUAUGGAGAAAUUACAGAUUCUGUAAUAAUGAUGGAUAAAAUCUCGGGAAGACCACGUGGUUUCGGAUUCGUAACAUUUGCUGAUGCAGAUGUUGCUGACAAAGUUUUACAGGAAGACCAUGUCAUUGAUGGUAGAGCGGUAGAAGUAAAGAGAACAGUUCCUAGAGAGGACGUUCAAGGUAGAGGGGUGUUAAAGACGAAGAAAAUAUUUGUCGGUGGUCUUCCGUUGUCAUUGAAUGAAGAUGAUCUGAGGGAGUACUUCUCUUCGUAUGGUGACAUUAUGGAGCACCAGAUUAUGCUGGAUCACAAAACGGGUCGGUCUAGGGGUUUUGGAUUUGUGACUUUUGAGAGUGAAGAUGCUGUUGAAAAGAUAUUCUCUGAUGGUCAAAUGCAUGAAAUUAGUGGAAAACAAGUUGAGAUAAAAAGAGCCGAGCCGAAGAGAUCUGGUUUCGACCAUUCAACUGAAGGCCGGUUUCACCGUGGGAGCACUAGUUUGAAAUCUUCUGGUAAUUUUGCUGGUGGUUUAGAAAGUUUUGGAGGCGGCUAUGGUGGUGGUAAAAUGGGUAGAGGCUAUGGUGGUGGUUAUGGUGGUGGUAGCUAUGGCGGCUAUGGGGGUUAUGGGAACUUUGCCGGUAGUUAUCCAGGAGGGGCUGCAGGAUAUUAUGCAGGGUAUGGUGGUUACGGCUACGGGUAUGGAUUUGGUGGACCGAUGUACAGUGGUGGUGCUUAUGGAGGUGGUGGUGGUGGAUAUGGAGCUCCGGUUGGUUAUGGUGGAGCUGCUGGUUACGGGUUGGGUAAAGGAUAUGGUGGCCCUAGUGGUGGAUAUGAUGGUGGUAAAGGCUUUAGUGGUGGAGGCAGUGGCAGCAAUGGUGGAGGGUAUGGCCCUACAAAAGGGUAUACUGGCGGGGGUUCUGGCGGCGGUGGUGGUGGUGCUGGAGGUGGUUCUGGUGGAUAUGGGAGCAGUAAAGGAUAUGGAAACGGAAAUGCCCCUGCCGCCGGUGGUAGGUUUCAUCCCUACCGGAAGUAAGUAGUAAUGAUGUGCUUGAUUUUUCUUCAACUGUAGUAGUACUAAGAAAUAGUUUCCUCUUUCUUUUAUUUUCUUGAAUUUUCACUUUUUUUUUAUUGAUUUUAUAAAUGUGUUGUGGGACCCAUCCAAUGGUUGUAAGUCUGAUCCUCGAAGCAACUAAAAAACAUAUUGUGAUGCUCUCAGCAUAAUGUGUUUCCUUGUGUAGUUUUUUUGCUAAUUGAGUUCAAUUAGGGCUUUUCUAAUUAAUUAAUUACUUAGUUAGAUUAGUAUAGAAUGAUUAUAAUGCAAUUUAAUCCAAGUAAUCAAUGUAAUCGAACAAGUCGAACUCUAUAUCGAGUACCGAUUCUCUUUCUACAUUAGCCCAACU